CUCUAACUCUCCUGGACAUCAGUGUGAAAAUCUUUCCUCCCUAGGUUUCAGGAAGCGCUGAGAAGUCUUAGCUGAGCAACGUGCAAGGGGACACAAAACAAGAUUUUGGACCAUCAUUUGCUUUACUGGAUGCAAAAAUUCUUUUGAGAGGUUAAAUCUGGAGAAAUGGCCAAACAAACCUUCUCCACAUUAGAGACCUUUCUGAUUUUCCUCCUUUUGAUGAUGACUGCGAUCACGGUGGCCCUUCUAAGCCUCUUGUUUAUCACCACUGGGACCAUCGAAAAUCACAAAGAUUCAGGUUUGCCAGCUACCCAGGGUCCCACAGUCACUGCGGGGACUAGUACCCCAAUGACUAGUACCCCAAUGACUAGUACCCCAGUAUCUAGUACCCCGGCACCUACUCUAUUUACGAACUUCACUGGCUACCAUAUUGGUGUUGGGCGAGCUGACUGCACAGGACAAGUGGCAGAUAUCAACUUGAUGGGCUACAGCAAAAGUGGCCAGAACGCACGGGGCCUUCUUACCAGGUUGUUCAGUCGCGCUUUUGUCCUGGCAGAACCUGAUGGAUCAAAUCGAAUGGUGUUUGUCAGCAUCGACAUAGGCAUGGUAUCCCAACGAAUGAGGCUGGAGGUCCUGAAGAGACUUCAGAGUAAAUAUGGCUCCCUGUACAGAAGAGACAAUGUUAUCCUGAGUGGCACUCACACACACUCAGGUCCAGCAGGAUUUUUCCAGUAUACUGUAUUUGUAAUUGCCAGUGAAGGAUUUAGCAAUCGGACUUUUGAGCACAUGGUCACUGGCAUCAUGAAGAGCAUUGAGGUAGCGCACACAAAUUUGAAACCAGGCAAACUCUUUAUCAAUAAAGGAAACGUGGAUGGUGCACAGAUCAACCGAAGCCCCUUUUCUUACCUUCAGAAUCCACAGUCAGAGAGAGCAAGGUAUUCUUCAAAUACAGACAAGGAAAUGACUGUCUUGAAAAUGGUAGAUUUGAAUGGAGAUGAACUGGGCCUUAUCAGUUGGUUUGCCAUCCACCCAGUCAGCAUGAACAACACCAAUCAUCUCAUAAAUAGCGACAAUAUGGGCUAUGCAUCUUACCUUUUUGAGCAAGAAAAGAACAAAGGAUAUCUACCUGGACAGGGUCCGUUUGUAGCAGCUUUUGCUUCAUCCAACCUGGGAGACGUGUCCCCUAAUACGCGCGGCCCACGUUGCAUCAACACAGGAGAGUCUUGUGAUAACGCCAAUAGCACUUGUCCCAUUGGUGGGUCUACCACGUGCAUUGCUAUGGGACCUGGACGGGAUAUGCUUGACAGCACACAAAUUAUAGGACGGACCAUGUAUCAGGUAGCAAAGGAACUGUAUGCCUCUGCCUCCCAGGAGGUAACUGGACCAUUGAUUUCGGCUCAUCAGUGGGUGAAUAUGACGAAUGUUACUGUCUCGCUCAAUUCUACACACACAGCAAAAACGUGUAAACCAGCACUGGGCUACAGUUUUGCAGCGGGCACCAUUGAUGGAUUCGGUAGCCUCAAUUUUACGCAGGGGACAACAGUUUCGGAUCCAUUUUGGGACACUAUUCGAGAUCAGAUCCUGGGCAAGCCAUCUGAAGAAAUCAAAGAAUGUCAUAAACCGAAGCCAGUCCUUAUUCACACUGGAGAGCUGUCAAAACCUCAUCCAUGGCACCCAGAUAUUGUUGAUGUUCAGAUUAUUACUCUUGGGUCCUUGGCCAUAACUGCCAUCCCUGGGGAGUUUACGACCAUGUCUGGACGAAGAUUUCGGGAGGCAGUUAAAGCAGAAUUUGCAACUUAUGGGAUGCAGAAUAUGACUGUUGUUAUUUCGGGUCUAUGCAAUGUAUAUACACAUUACAUUACCACUUAUGAAGAAUACCAGGUUCAGCGGUAUGAAGCAGCAUCUACAAUCUAUGGACCACACACUCUGUCUGCUUACAUCCAGCUCUUCAGAGUCCUUGCUAAGGCCAUUGCUACGGACACAGUAGCCAACCUGAGCAGUGGUCCAGAGCCUCCAUUUUUCAAAGAAUUGAUAAUCCCAUUAAUUCCUAAUAUUGUGGAUAGACCACCAAUAGGCAAGAAUUUUGGGGAUGUCCUACAGCCCCCAAAUCCUAAAUACAGAGUGGGAGAAGUUGUUGAAGUUACAUUUGUUGGUGCUAACCCAAAGAAUUCAGCAGAAAACCGGACCCAUCAGACUUUCCUCACCGUGGAGAAAUAUGAGAGCAUUUCCACAACGUGGCAGAUAGUGCAUAAUGAUGCCUCCUGGGAGACUCGUUUCAAUUGGCACAAGGGACUCCUGGGUCGUAGCAAUGCAACGAUAGAAUGGCAUAUUCCAGAUACUGCCCAGCCUGGAAUCUACAGAAUAAGAUACUUUGGACACAAUCGGAAGCAGGACUUCCUCAAGCCUGCUGUCAUACUUCCAUUUGAAAGCACUUCCUCCACUUUUGAAGUUGUAACUACUUAGUAAAAAGUUGAAAAACCAUUUAAAGAGCAGCUUUGCUCUGUAUAAUUUCUAUAACUGAUUUCACAUGAAUGUAAACUAUCAUAAUGACAUCUAUAAAUGUCCCAGUUUGGGGGUAGAUAGUUUACUGCUAACAGGACAGAGGGGUGUGUGUGUGUGUGUGUGUGUGUGUGUCCCAUUUACCUUGCUCUAGUAGUUUUGUACCUCAUGGUCUACAGCAUGAUUUCCCUUGGGACCUUAUGGCUGUUUAAAGGGACAGUUCCCUAAUAUGAAACCUCUGAAAUGUUAGUAAGAGUGGUUGAAGAUGUGUGAACAAAGGUUGAACUAUUUAUUUAUAGAAUUGUUGAAUGAUAGCACUGAAAAGGUUUAAACAGAUCAUCUAGUUUGAGCCUUUAUUUUGUAAGUAGGAAAAUGAAGUUUUAUGGAUUUAAGAUUAGCAGGAGGCUACAGGAUAUUUCUCCCCGUUACAUUUUAAUACACUAUAUGAACAUUGACCAUAAGUCUAUUUAUAUAAAUGUAAAUAUAGAGAAAAGUAGCAUGAAAACUAGCAUACCAGUUUUUCUAUAUUGAGCACGGCCUUUCAGAGCAGUCACUCUGGAGUUGAUAUGCCUAAUCCAGGUUUGUUGUUGAUGCUCAAAUCAUUUCUAGAAUUGCCUUCAGAGCCAAGUUAUAGAAAGUCAGAUUUGUAAUAUUUUGAUCAUGCUUUGGUUUUCGUAAGUGCCCUUAUCCUACUAAAUUGUGUCUCUUAUUCAUCAAACUUGUUCUAAGUGAUUUUUGACUAUUUCCACUAAUGAAAUUUACCCCCAAACCAUGAAGCGUUGCCAUUAAUGUGGAUAAGAAAAUGAAAGUUAUUGGCUUAGAAGGGAGUCCUUAAAGGGGAGGCUAUAAAUUCGUUUAUUUGCUUUUUUAUCACUCACUUACUAACUCACUCACUUACUCAUGGACCCAUCCAAUCAUAAAAUAUUUAUUAAGACUCACGCUUAUACCCAGCAUUGUGUAAGUGCCUGUACAAGGACAACUAGUGAGAUCAGUUGGUGAGAUUACAUUUUGGAUAAAUGUAUAAGUGUUAAAGGUGACGAUUUUGAAGGAAGAAAUAAUCAAUUUGAUACGUAAAUUCUGGAGAGGCCUUUAAAAAUCAGUAAUCUUCAAGUCACAUCUUUUAUUAUCUGUGUUGGGUACUCUAAUUUUGGGGGAAAGAGUCUCCAGACAAUUUGGAAAAAGCUGUUUGAAAGUUAUUUGGGGACAUUUUGAAAUACUCGUCCUAAUGUCCCAAAGAAUGAGAUAUAACAAUCUGAUAAUUGAUUGCCUGAAGGUUGUUACUAGUUGCAUUUAAAGUUAUCUAAGUUCCUUAGGAGUCCCAGGCUGCAAAAUUAAUUUCCAAAAACCAAGUCAUACUUUUGUAUGUGUAUAAAAGAUUUAGCAUGUUAGGAAAAAUCAACCUUUAUUUCAAAAACAAACUUCAAAGUUUGAAAAUAGUAAUGACAUUAGUAAUGAUAAUGCUAACAUCCACUUACGUAAGACUUAAACAUAUUAUAUUGCAUUAGAAUGAACCUGGAAUAAUUUUUGAUGAAUCUCUAGAGACUGUGUCUGUGGAAAUUAACAGUUGGAAAAUUAGCUAAUCAGGAUUUGAAAAGGCAUAGCGAUCUUUUUUCCUAAUGACCUCACAGUAUUUGGUGAAAAAGUUCAGAGACCUCAAAGAGCAGGUAAUUCUGAAAGUAGCUGACCAGACAGAUGAAUUAAAGUUGAACUCCUGAUGUGGUUUUAGAAAGUAUUUCUUGUGGCUCAGAAAAGUUUUCAAAUCAUUUUCCACCACCUCCAUACCUCCCGUUGAAGCUUUCCUCAAUCAGCCCGUGUUCCCUGUUGUUUACUUGCAUCUGUGCCAAGGCAGCCAUUGUAUUGCCUGCUCAUGAUCCUUCUGCACCCAGCCCUCUUGUCUACCAGUACUCUUGGCUCCAAA